AUGCUAAUUCCCUUCACGCCUUAUGUAUCGGCUCUCAAGUACGAGUCCUAUCAAACGGUGAAGAAGUCGGAGCCGAUUGUACGGGUGAAGAAGUCUGAACCGUACGAGGCAGUGGUCAAGCACGAGGCAGUGGUUAAGCACGAGCUAGUGGUUAAGCACGAGCCGGUGGCGAAGUCCAAAUCGGUGGCCAAGUCCGAACGGGCGGUGAAAUACGAGUUGGUGGCGAAGCCCGAGCAUUCGUCCUCGCCGCCACCGGGACCCGCCACCAGUCGCUUCCCUAUCGCGAUCGCGGGCAGGAGCUCGGUCGAUAUCGGCUCCCUUCUGACGACACCGCCCCAGAUCCUGAAAAGGCAGAUUCCAGCAUACACGCUGAAGUCUAUACACGGCUGCGGGUUCCCCGAGAUUACGCUCAGGGUUUUUUGGCCAGGAUACGAGGUUCUGAACUACAAGCAACAGGUCUGCGUGGCGGGCAGGACCGACGGAGACAUCGCCCGUGAUGUCGCGCAGGUGUUGGUGAACUUCAUGAAGAGCGCACUUGUCUCACCGUGUAGUGUUGCACAAUUCGCGAUCACCCCAACCUCGGGGUACAUGAACCUGGAACGCCUAUGCCUCCGCGCCAUCCAUCAAGUGAAGGGCGAGGACUUCACGAUCGAGCUCGAGAUCUCGUAG